GAGAGAGAAAGUAACUCCAGGACGAGACCGGAGCGACCCGCGCAGCGAGCAUAGGCGGCGAGGCUGCGCCGGGCACCCGAGACCGGCGGCAGCGGGGGGCGGGGGCUGCGUCCGAGCCCGAUCCGCCGCUCCGGCUCCGAGCAGUGGUCUCGGGAAAAAGGGUCGUUGUCCAGCACAGAUGCGUUUGUCCAAGGGAGCAGUGGAGAUUCGGGUCAAGGCGUAACGAACGCCUGGGGCUUCCAAUGAUACUCUGGGCAGCCAUGGAAGCCUAGAUGCCUCACCGGAAGGAGCGGCCGAGUGGGUCCUCACUUCACGCACACGGCAGUACCGGCACCGCGGAGGGAGGAAAUAUGUCCCGGCUGUCUCUCACCCGGUCGCCUGUGUCUCCCCUGGCUGCCCAGGGGAUCCCACUGCCAGCUCAGCUAACCAAGUCCAAUGCACCUGUGCAUAUCGAUGUGGGCGGCCACAUGUACACCAGCAGCUUGGCCACACUUACCAAGUACCCCGAUUCCAGAAUAAGCCGGCUCUUCAAUGGCACUGAACCCAUCGUCCUGGACAGUUUGAAGCAACAUUAUUUCAUCGACCGGGAUGGGGAGAUUUUCCGCUAUGUCCUGAGCUUCCUGAGGACAUCAAAACUGCUGCUCCCAGAUGACUUCAAGGACUUCAGCCUGCUCUAUGAAGAGGCACGAUACUACCAGCUGCAGCCCAUGGUGCGCGAGCUGGAGCGUUGGCAGCAGGAGCAGGAGCAGCGUCGCCGCAGCCGGGCCUGCGACUGCCUGGUGGUGCGCGUCACGCCUGACCUGGGGGAGCGCAUCGCGCUCAGCGGAGAGAAGGCUCUCAUCGAAGAGGUCUUCCCUGAGACCGGGGACGUCAUGUGCAACUCCGUUAACGCCGGCUGGAACCAGGACCCCACGCAUGUCAUCCGCUUCCCGCUCAACGGCUACUGCCGCCUCAACUCCGUGCAGGUCCUGGAGAGGCUGUUCCAGAGGGGUUUCAGCGUGGCUGCAUCCUGCGGGGGUGGCGUGGACUCUUCCCAGUUCAGCGAGUAUGUGCUUUGCCGGGAGGAGCGGCGACCGCAGCCCACCCCGACUGCUGUCCGGAUAAAGCAGGAGCCCCUGGACUAGGCUCUGCCUCAGUGCUCAUCUGAGGCCUCUCAGCCCUGGGUCACCCCCAGGGACCUGGAAACAGUUCUGGGGAGUCCUGCCUGUGUGCUUAGCAGUGGGCAUGAGACUGAGGGUGGGGCUGGAGGGCUUCCUCCCAGGGAGCACCAGGGCCCCAGGUGUCGUGGCAACAGAAUGUGGGAUGCUGGAGGCAUGCCCACCAAAGGACUGUUGAUGUGACCUGGAGAUGCUGUGGCUGGAACUCCACUGCCCGCUCUCCGAGCCCCUUGCUUCCCAGCCCGGUACAGUGUCCUCUGAGGCUCAGGGACCUGCCGAGGCAGGGUUAGCAGAGGCAUCCCCAGCCACUCCAGAGCAGCUGAUUCUCCUUCUCCACUCACGGCAGACUCUGACAGGUCUCCUUGCUUCAGAGAUGGCUUAUUUUUCUACAGUAUUUAAAAUGGAAGUAACUGUCACUGCACAAGUCAAAGAGGCCAACAAGGACCAAGCCUUCUUUAUCUGGUGCUCAGUUCUCAGUUGGACGUGCAGCAAGCCUGUAUGGUGGAUGAGCUGCAGGGUGCUCAGGCCCAGCUGGGGUUCUGGGGACAGAUGCGGAGAGGACAAUGCUACAGGAGCUGAAGCAGGGCCCCCAAGGGGCAGGCUUUUGGGAGGAGGGCUGUGGGGGCUGGGUGGCUCUGUACCCAUUUAGACCCUCUCCUUUGCUGCUGUCCAGGGCUCAAGCUGUAUUUGGUGGGUCACCUGACCUACUCGUGCCCAGGGGCUUCCAAUCCCAUCUGCAUGUACUCACCUGGGUCCCUUGAGAAGUCUCUCACCAUCCAGACCAGCCAUGGGGCUGCACCUUACCUCAGGAAUGGGCCUCAUCACAAAGAGGCCCAUCUGUCAGCAGCAUCCUCUGGGUCCCCAGCUCAGGGAGCCACCCCCAGCUCCAGUUUUUCCACACUAAUAUGCACAUUGAGUUUUAAUUAAACUCGUAAUGCUAGCCUGCCUGUGAGACCUGGGCAUGGGUGUAUCUAGUGCUCUUGACCCCAGGUUCCAAUGAGGACUGACCCUGAGAGGUCCUCACAAACCUGCUGCCUCCCAGACAGGCCCAAAGAUGGACACCCCUGGCCUUGUCACACUUCCCCAUGUGCUGGCUCCUCCUGAGUGGAGAAACUGCAGAGAUCUGGUGGGUGGGGUGCCCAGUUGGCACUGCCCUGUGUAUAAUGCCUGUAGACUUGUACAUGACUCCUUUAAUAUUGUAAAGAUGCUGAUGUACAAUUGCCGUGUGUUUGUGUAAACACAUUACGUUCUAGUUCAUGCCAUAAAUGAUGCUAUAAAGCAAAAGACUGAGGCUCCAUCCUGUGCAGAAGCAGCAGCCGGGUUCCCACAUUUGAUGUUGUGCAGGGAGGUUUGGGGGUGGAAUUCCUCCCUCAGGUCCUUUAGUUCAAAUCCAGGAAUAACCAGCAGUGGUAGCUGGGGGAGGGGCGGGGGCCUGAGCUGGGUGUUAUUUAUUGCAUUUGGGUAUUUCUUAGCUGCUUCUGCCUGUCCCCUCUGGGCAACACAGAUUCUGAAUUCCGAUUCACAGCCCCUAACCAGAUGCAAACAGGGAAAGGCAGACAGAAGGUUUCUGGGAGCUUUUGAACCUAGUCUUAAAUGUUUGGGAUUUUCCUCUCUCAAUCUCUUUUGGUUGGAGGUGAUAUUCUCUUUAGAAUUCCAUACAACCACAUAAGAAGGUGGCAGGCCGUGGAUUAGGCCCACCAGGGGGACAACCGUGCAGCCAACAUGAGAACUACAGAUUGCCUAAGCAAACUGGAUCUGAAGAGCCAAGGGGAGGAGUCUAAAUAUGUCAUACAGGCCCCCCCAUUUUAAUGAAGCUUUUUGUAUUUUUCUUCAAAGCCCCUAUGUUCUAACCCAUGAGGACCUUUAUAUGCCUGAUAAAGUCUACCAGACUUGACCUGCCUGGGAGCACCGGAGCAGAGACCAGCAGCUUCCUGUCUGAAUCCCACUACACAAUCUAAUCUGCUGGACAGACUUGCUAGGCUUCUCCUCUGCUUAGCAACACGCCUACUGCUGGCACAUCUGCAUUUUGGCUCACAUCUGAGGAGGAGAAAGUGUUGUGUUUAUUAGGAAGGAAGUCUUAUGAAAACAGCUCAAUGCCAUGUGUGUUUAUGGAUUUUUCUGGCAUAAUAGCAGGGGUACUGAUGGGUUGAGAUUCUUUAACAUUCUCAGACUUUUUGAGCCUUUUCAAAAAAAGAAAGGGGGAGGAGAGUAACUAUCUUAUUAAAAUGUCACUCUUUACCCAUUAAGUAAAAUCAAAAGGUAUGAUUUUAUGCAAUUUUGUUGUUUUAUUUUAUGUGGUGCUGGGAAUUGAACCCAAGGCCUUGUGCAUGCCUGGCAAGUGCUCUACCACUGAGCUGCACCCCCAACCCAUGAAGUAUCAUUUAACAUCAACUGGGGAGUUUCUGAAUUUGUAGGGAAAUACUAUGUUCCCAGAGUAAUUCUCUCAUUCUCAUAUGCCUCGUCUCCAUAAACAGUAAGUACAAAUUAUCCAUUCCUUAAAGCAUUUCUACUCUUCCUGGAGUAGUCUUUUGAAGAAAUAACAGCAGUAUCAAUGUUAACUUCUGCUCUUCCACAAACCUCAAAAUUAAUUAUUCUUAAACAAAAGCAACUGGACAGAGCUGUGCCCACGCUGUUUCCCACCAAACUAAUGCCAGUGCAGAGAACCAGGCAAAGCCACAGUAGGCAUCUUCCGCUGCUGUCCCCUCACAUGGGCUCAAAUAUAGGUCACAACACUAAUAAUAUCUUUUUUAAAGUGUGUGUGCGUUAUUUUUUUUUUUUUAAAGCUACUACUUGACUGUGUUCCUUAGAAUAAAUAAAGGAUAUUUUAUAAAUUAUA